AUGGAGUUUCAACAACAAUGGAGAAUACCGAAUGCAACGGCAUCGCACGUGGAAAGCGUAACGGCAGCCGGACUACUCCACGGGUGCGCUCCCGUGUUGCUUGCCAGAGGUGCAAUCGUCGCAAGGCCACGGAGAAAACGCGGUACCUUGCCUUCGGAUAUAGGCACCAUAGCAACCGGACAAAGUCAAGCUUCGGCAAAGAAGAGAAUUGCAUCGGACGGUUCUGAGCACGAGAGUUCACCUCCUGAGGUCUCGGUGUCCUUAUCCGAGUCAGAAGCAUUACCAGCAGAUAAUACUGUAGGAUCCAUUGAUGGUGAGUCUGAUGCUCAUGAUGCAUUGGAUGAACCCACAGACGCCCAAGAUAGCUCUGCGUUACAUCGACGUAUCGGGAACCAAAGGCAGUCAGUUUAUGACCUAUGCCAUCCAACUUCUCCACAAGGAGCUGGAACAUACUUGGCCCCAGUGCAACCAGCACGCCAAGUUCACAAGCCGCAUGAAGUUGAAUACAUGCGUCAGCAGAAUGUAUAUACCACACUACCUCAGGAUGUUUGCGACGAUCUAGUCCGCAUCUACUUUCAGCAUGUUCAUUUCUUCCUCCCGGUAGUUGAUGCAUCAGCCUUCUUCAGAGAAUAUGGCGUGGAAGACUCUCCUAAUAUGAGCUUGUUGCUACUUUGGAGCAUGCUGCUGGCAUCUGCGAAUUUUGCAGACACAGAGCUCUUACAAAGAGCCGGCUUCUCUUCCAGGAAGGCUAUGAAGGCGGCCAUGUACGAACGAGCCAAGUGUCUAUACGAUCUUGAUAAAGGAACAGACAAGCUGAUACUUAUCCAAUCUGUCAUCUUGCUAGGAUUUUGGUACUCAGAUCCCCAGGAUCAUACUGGGGCAUGGUACUGGAUUGGGAUCGCCAUCUCCCUUGCACAGGCUAUUGGGCUUCAUCGAUCUCCUCGCCCAACAAGCAGCAAUCAACAGUUAUCACCAGCACGAUUGUCCGUAAUGCGAAGAAUUUGGUGGACCUGUCUAGUAAGAGACCGAUGGGUCUCACUCGCCAAAGGCCGCCCGAUGCGCAUCCAUGGCGAAGACUGUGAUACUCCAAUGCCAGCAGUGGAAGAUAUCUUGGAUGAGCUUGACACUAUACCAAGUACUACACGAGCCAAAUUUAUGCCAUCAGAAUCUCGCGCAUUGUCAGAGCUGUGGCUUCGACUGGUACGGAUUAGUGCCAUCCUCGGAGGCAUAAUGCGGCUUCACUAUCGUCUGCAUGGCCCUGAAUUACAGGCUGCAGACAUUGACAACUUUGCACACGAUCUACAAACUCUAACACCCGGAAUCGCCAUGUCAGACGUUUGGAAUGAUAAGCUCAACAUACAUACACGUCAAAUUGAGCUGUUUUACCAAGCGGCAAUAGCAAUUCUUUAUCGACCAUAUGUUUUGAAUGAUGCAACUUGUCCACCUUCUGGUGCUCAUUCUCUCUGGAAGAGAGAUGCGAUGCGUCGCGCCCGCACAGCUGCUUCGAACACCAACAAUCUGUUGCAAGGCCUCAUCGAGUCAGAUGGCAUCAAAUACCUGAAACCAAUGAUAAUCACUGCUAUGAUUCCGGCGAUGCAAAUCCACCUAGCUGACUGCAAAUCUGCCGACUCCCUGAACCGGGCUUUGGGCAAAAACAAGCUCCAACUUUGCAUGCUUGUUCUUUCAAAUCUUAGAGCAACCUACUGGAGUGCUAAUGUCAUGUAUCGGUUAUUUAAUAGAGCUCAGAGCAUACUCGGCGGCUCGGACGCCAAGGACAAAACGACAACAAAGUUGGCUAGCACUCCGCCUCAACCGGGAUAUCCUGUUGGUGAAGCUCCAGAUGAAACAGAGGCAGAAGUUCAGCAGAUGCCCCCUCCGUCCCAUCAAAAUGCGGUUUCUUCAUUGUCUCUUGGUCCCGAUACAAAUUUGAGCAUUGAUAAGGGGUGUGAACAGACAGAGCCGCUGUGGUUCAGCAUAUCACCGCAGUUCAACGACGUUGACCAGCUUCUCAGUCCGGGAUUUUCGCUUUCCGAAGAUGUUUUUCUCGACUUCUUCCCCAAUUAUGCUACUUCGAUGUAUAAUCAGAACUUUGCGCUGCCGAAUCAGACUCCAGAUGGGGGGUUUUACAAUAAUUUGAGCUUUCAAGGCAUGUAG